UGCAUAGACUGUUUUACUUCCUGGUACAGACGAAGCCUGUUCAGCAACUUACCUGACAGAGGAAGGCACAGAGAGAGGGGGGAGGGGGGUAAGAGAAGAAGUCCUAAGAGAAGAAGGACCCUAGCAAGGCUAGGGUGGUCCUCUCUGCCUCCCUGGUCAUCUUCUGGGGUCUAAGAGAGAAAUACAUUUUAAAGUGAUUGUUUCUGAUGAUGUGGAGGUUACUACAGUUUAAGUCUACAGGACUCUAGUUGCAUCUGCAGUUGGUACAUCUAUCAACGGAUUUCUUUAAAAAUAUCGAAAUGACAUCCCUAACAGGUGCUGCGAUGGGUCGAAGUAUACCAGUUGAACAUGAUGAAACUGGAGAUUGGUCGCCAUUUCCACAGCAUUCACUGGAAGAGGCCUUGGACCCUUCUGGUGAAAAUAUAGAGAACUUGGUGCCCAUAGGAUCUUAUCCAUCUCAAAUGGCUUCUCAUUCAUUGACUAGGCAAUCAUGUUUCUGCAAGCACCUUAAUCGUGUGGAUUAUAAUAAUGCUGAUCUGGAAGCGUAUGACCACAAUCACCUUCAACGAUGCCAGGAUUCUAGAAGGGAGAUACCUCCUGGUCCAUUCACUGAAUCAACAGCUUCAUCAGAACUUCAUAUUUUAUCUAUAGACAAAAGGAACCAGCUGCUGAGGUCUAGGCCUUCAGCUGAUUCUCCUGACACUGGACACAAUUCUAGUGGUCUGCAACAGAGCUCAUCUGACAUUUCUCAAAAUUCAUCUGGUGAAAGUCAGGAGAAAGCAAAUCUAAACCAAACUCAACACAAUAGAGCACCAGUAGACCUACGAACAGAAGAUGCAGGAUAUGAUUCUCAGCCUCUGGAUCCUAUGGGCAUCAGGCAGCUAGAACCUCCAUUGCCACUUACUUCUGUGUUUAACCUCCAAGACCUUCCAAGGCCUCUGAUGUCCAGAGAGUUACCACAGAUGGACCCUCAGCCAUAUCCUGUAUUCCCACAACUGGCCCAUCCUUCCCCACAAUCUCAGUGGCAUCCUAGAUACUACAUUCCCGGGAAUUUACAUUGCCAGAAUCCAUAUGGGCAAACACGCUACCAACACUUCGCACAUCCGCCUCAACCACGGCUUCCUGUUCCUGGCCCUUGUGUAAGAGCCAUCCAUCCUGGUCGGCAAAUAAUCCCAAAUUAUUCCAGUCCUCCUUCUCCUAAAUGCAAUGAAGAAAGGCUCCCUGAGAGUGAGAGCUCUUCUGGAGAAUUCCAGAGAUUGUAUGGCCAGUUUCAGAACCAACUACUGCAUGGUGGAGCAUCAUCCAAGGCUUAUGGCCCUCCUGAUUCGAUGGCUCAGCCUAAUGGCCCACCAUGCCCAGCUGCCAUCCCAAGGCAUCCAAGUAAUUUUGCAGUCAGGGGAACACUGAGGACAAGUAAUUUGCCAGAAGAGCUGCGUAAAGUCUUCAUAACCUACUCUGUGGACACAGCUGAGGAGGUCAUGAAAUUUGUGAACUUUUUGUUUGUCAACGGAUUUCAAACAGCUAUUGAUAUAUUUGAGGACACAGUUCGAGGUAUUGACAUUAUCAAGUGGAUGGAACGCUACCUGAGUGAUAAGACAGUGAUGAUAAUCAUAGCAAUCAGUCCAAAAUACAAACAGGAUGUUGAAGGGGCUGAAUCCCAGCUGGACAAGGAUGAGCAUGGCUUACAUACUAAGUAUAUCCACAGGAUGAUGCAAAUUGAGUUUAUACAGCAAGGAAGCAUGAACUUUAGAUUCAUUCCUGUGCUUUUCCCAAAUGCAAAAAAGGAGCAUGUGCCUACCUGGCUUCAGAACACUCACAUCUACAAUUGGCCCCAAAAUAAAAAGAACAUUCUGUUGCGGCUGCUGAGAGAAGAGGAAUAUGUUGCUCCUCCGAUAGGACCUUUGCCCACUCUCCAGGUUGUGCCUUUAUGAAUGUCCAUUAAAGUGCAUGAAGCAAUCGUUGUAUAACUGUUGGCUGGCAGCCAGGGUUUUCCUGGCUUCCCCUUCUAGGGUGAUGAACAGCAUGUGCACACAGACACACACACUAGAAUUGUCUUGGGUUAAUGCAAGCCCAUGUGUUUUCUUUUAUUCUGAAUGUUUCCUUCUGCAACUGAUCAGGCACAUUGCUUCCCUGGCAAUAUUUAAACAAACUGCAAAUGGAAAGAAUGUCUCAUCGUUUUGUCUUCUAGCAACUUGCUUUCUAAGUCUGUGGCACAGCCAGUUAGUACAGUGAGUGGCACUGUAAUAAGCAAAACAAUUGCAUUCCUGUUUCCUCUGGGUUCCUUUUAUUAUUCGCCAGCUGUUCUUGCAUUGUGCAAUGGUCUCCUGCAGUCAUUUCGUGUACACAAUAAAACUGUGGUCUUUCGUAUGGA